AUGGUGGUCUCGCGUGAAGUCCGCGGGGACACUGUCCGUCUGGAGGUUAGAGUUCAGGACGUCUGGCGAAUCGAGGGUCUGGCCAGAGGCAUGCUGCCGACCAGUCAGGCCUUGGCGAGUGAAGCGGCCGCCGCGUUACACUCCAAUAACCUUGGCACCGGUACCAACGCGAGCGGUGGUGGAGCCGGUGGACUCAGCUACCCGAUCUGGGCUCAGCUGCACGAGGAGACAAUUACGAGCCCUGACGGUCUGCGAAGCCGCAAGUGCACAUGUCCCCGGUUCGAGCUCGGCCAGUCGUAUCUUUUCGUCACCAGAUCUAAUCACGUGCUUGGCAGAGUUGCCACGGCUCAUUUGGCGCAGAGAGUUUUCAUAAAUUGCCUACUCGGGGUUGGCUGGGGAGGCAGGCGAAAGCCGAAUAAAAUGGUCUCAUCUGCUGGACAGCUCGACGAAAAUGUGUUCGUCUUCUCGGUUCAUGCCGUUUUUAGGCAGGUUUUGCAGGAAGCAGAGCGCUCCUAUUCACCGGAGCCUGCUGACCUUUCAUAG